CCUAUUUUUAAAAAUAAUUCACUACAUACAUAAUUGUGUUGUAUAACACAUAGCGAUAUCGUGUGAUGUGUUCGACGCUAUUAGUCUGACAACACGACUGUUUAUUUGGGAUUGCAGAGACUGCACAUUGAUGCCUAACUUGGAGCCAUGACUGUGGUUAUCGGUUUUGAGGGUAGUGCCAAUAAGAUCGGCAUAGGGAUUGUAAGGGAUGGGGAAGUGUUGUCGAACCCUAGACGUACCUAUAUUACUCCACCUGGUCAAGGUUUCCUCCCAAGAGAAACAGCCAAACAUCAUCGUGCUGUUAUCCUGACUGUCCUCCGAGAAGCACUAGAUGAAGCUGGUUUAAAGCCUGCAGAUAUUGACUGUGUAGCGUACACCAAAGGGCCAGGGAUGGGUGCCCCGCUGCUCACUGUGGCUUUGGUGGCUAGGACAGUCGCCCAGCUCUGGGGCAAGCCAUUAGUAGGAGUGAAUCACUGCAUCGGGCACAUUGAAAUGGGUCGACUGAUCACGGGUGCUAACAACCCCACUGUGCUGUACGUCAGUGGCGGUAAUACUCAGGUAAUCGCUUACUCGGAAAGACGAUACAGAAUUUUUGGAGAAACUAUAGACAUUGCUGUGGGAAACUGCUUGGAUCGCUUUGCCAGAGUCAUCAAGAUAUCCAAUGACCCCAGUCCUGGCUACAACAUUGAACAAAUGGCAAAGAAGGGAAAGCAUUAUAUAGAGCUUCCAUACACUGUGAAGGGAAUGGAUGUUUCGUUCUCUGGGAUUUUAUCGUACAUUGAGGAGAUGGCACACAAGAUGUUGAGUUCUGGCCAGUGCACACCAGAGGACCUGUGCUUUUCCCUUCAGGAAACUCUCUUCUCCAUGCUGGUGGAGAUCACAGAACGCGCCAUGGCUCACUGUGGCUCCCAAGAGGUCCUCAUCGUGGGAGGAGUAGGCUGUAACCUCCGGCUGCAGGAGAUGAUGGGCAUCAUGUGUGAGGAGAGAGGAGCUCGUCUCUUCGCCACAGAUGAGAGGUUCUGCAUUGACAAUGGAGCAAUGAUCGCACAAGCUGGCUGGGAGAUGUUCCGCAUGGGGCAGGUAACUGAGCUGUCAGAUUCCUGGAUCACACAAAGGUACAGGACAGAUGAAGUAGAAGUUACCUGGAGAGACUGAGAUCUAUAUUGUCAGAUUUUUUUUUUUUUUUUUGAAAAUGCCAAUAAAUAAGAUUUUGAUAUGGAUAUCGGUCACGUAACUGCCGUUAUAUUAUUCAUAGCAAAUUUCUGCCCAUGACUUUUUCAGGAUUGUUUUGUUAUGUUUUGUUUUCCAUAUUGGUUUAAAUCAGCAGCAGCUGUCAUGUGCGUACGGGUGUGAGAAACACACCAUGUAGCGUCUCAGUACCACACAGUUUUUCACACUAAAGCUAAAAUGUUUCAGUUUGUUAGAAAGACAUAAUCUGUCUGGUACAAGAGCAUAAACGUCUACUGAACGUGAAAUGUUUUUAUGUAGUCAGUUGCAGAAUUAUGGGGUUUUUGGGGACAAAAUAUUUUUAUGGGUAUUUAACUUAAUCCUACAAUCUAAGAAAAAAACAUUUUAAGAUUUUUCCUCAGGUAAUUAGUGUGUAGGAUUAAAUUAAAUACCAAUAAAAACAGUUUUAGGGACAUUUAAGCAGCUAUCCUCUUCUUCCUGGAAGAACUUUCUGGAAACAAACACUCAAGUAUGUGAAGUACAAUUAAUUAGAUGGUGUGGAGACAUUUUUAACACAAAGGCCAUCGUUUAUCCAGCUGGACACACAUUUAUGAUUUAUUCUCAAAUCAUUUGUCCGAAUGUAAAUUUAUACUUAAAACAACUAACGUAAAACCUCGACUUGUAUUUUAAUAAAGCGUAUAAUUUACAUCGA